GUACAGCUGAGUACUUACAGAUACCUCGGAGAAAAUAGUGGCCGUAAUUUGACACGUAGGACAACGUGUCUUCAAGCAACGACUUUUAAACUGCGAACACGGUUAAACUGGACUUAAUUUGACGAAGUUUCGACUUGCUAGUUCGGCCUAUUAGAACUGUGUCCCAUCCUGACAGGCGGAAUCACCUGGCCGAGAGCGUUUACAGUUUCCUUCCGCCGCUGCAUUAUGUCAAAACUACUAGGCAGCACAGGUGUGUCGCUGCUGGGGGACAAGACGCUGGACUUUUACCGGAACCCGGUUAGCUUCUGCCAGGAUAAGAUGGAGAAAUACGGCAGCAGAGUUUUUCAGAGCCGCCUAAUGAACAGACCUACCACCUUCGUGUGCUCGGCUCAAGGCAUGAGAGAGCUGCUGUGCGAGAAGUCCAAUGUGUUUCUGAAAGAUCCGACUGAUUUGAUGACCAAUAUGUACGGUGACACCCUUGUUACCACUAACGGUGAGGAGGCAUGUCUUCUCCGUCUGUCUCUCACCACACUGUUUACAGGAAAUUCUUUAGAAUCGUCACGUGAUUACAUCAACAGUGUAUGCAAGUGCUGUCUGAAGGAUCUCGCCCUCAGCGGGCAGCCACAGUUUGUGUACACUGUGUUCAAGCGUCUGGCAACAGAGUUGGUUUUAGGACUUUUCUUGAACGUCCGUCCGAGCGAGCAUCCAGAACUUUUUCAGAAAAUCACACAGCUCUGCACUCAGCACUGGCACGGUUUGAUCUCUGCUCCAGUCAAUGUAAAGGUUCCUUUAUGGUCAUCAGGAUUUUCCAUAGCUUUGGAAGCCAGAGAGCAGUUGAUGGAAAUCAUCAAACACAAACUGGAGAACGAAACAGACGGUUUUGUGGGCUCCCUGAAGUCACUGCCACUGCCCAGCUCCAGCUGUGCUUCCCAGCAUCUCCUGCUGUUCAUCUCUGCCCUCAUUCCCAAAGGUCUGGCGUCACUACUCACCUCGUUCACUUUGGCUCUCAGUGGGAAAGAACAGGAGGAAACUCGGCGGCGAGCACUUAUGGAUGCUGAUUAUCUGGAAGAAGUCCUGCUAGAGGUGCAGAGGCUCUGGCCUCCUUGCAUUGGUGGACGCAGGAUAGCGGAAAAGGACACAACCCUUGCAGGUUUUCAUGUCCCAAAGGGUUAUGCUGCAGUCUAUAUCAAUCAUUCCGUCCAUCGGGACCCAGAGGUGUUUGAACAGCCUGAAAGCUUCCUGCCAGAGAGAUGGAGCGGAAGGAAUGCAGACCACAAGCACAUCAUCUGUUCCUUUGGCAGUGGACCUAGAAACUGCAUUGGUAUCAAACUUAUGGACGUCUUCUUUAAGGAGGCGUGCACUUACCUCUUAAAGCACUAUGACUGGUGUCUGGAUCCGCCAUCACAAAACCUGGACUACAAAUGGCUGCCUAUAUCUCGGCCUGCCAACCCCCCAACCAUCUCCUUCGCAAGACUGGACCCAACUCGAACCGACGGGACCAACAGCACAUAGUAAAAACACAAAAACAUUUGGGCACUAAAAACUAAACACAAUAAGGGGAGCCUACAUAUCCUCCCCUGCUGCUCAUAGUGCACAAAAUCAUCAUGGGAAAACUGCUUGAAAGAUGUGUACUAAAAAAUUAAUACAUUGAUGUUGGUACUUAGCACAAUAAUAAGACUAGUUGUCUUAUAGAAAUAAUCACCAUACUGUAGCCGUCAUGCAGCACAACUCCUUAAUAUGCUUUCCAUUCUGCAGUAGUUAAAGCACACACACACACACGUUCACAAAGGUAAACCCUCAAAUUCCAUCAGUGACUUCAAACCUGCCCCGACCCACUCACGCUUCACCACCUAGCAACCAGCUCUGCUUAGCAACAUUUCGUCAUAUUGACUUACUUCCUUUUUAGUAUGCACACACACACACACACACACACACACACACACACACACACACGCACACAUAGACUAACUUGGUUAUUUUUGAAAGGGUGCGCUUGCCAACGAACGUGUCUUUUGAAUGUGUCUUGUGAAUCACAUGUAAAAGAUGCCAGAAGGUGUUUCGGAGCUACUUUUAAAAUAACCUGGAAAAAAAGCUGAGGUUUAUUUUCAGCUUAUGAAUCAUUUAGCAACAAGAACAACUCAUAUUUAAUGUCAAUUACCUACAAUUAACCAAUAAUUAGUUCUAAAUGAAGAAUCAAUAAUUAUUGUUAUACAUAGAUAAAGAAUGACUUUAAUUGGGUCAUGUUACAUGUUGGCACAGUUUGAUACAAUCAUAAGAUGUGUAGAAACAUUUUAAUGUGUUUAUGUUUUUAUGAGUUUGACUUAAAAAAUAUAUAUUCUACAAAAGGUCAUUGUUUUUGUUUCCUCUUAAUUUUUCAGUUUUAAUAUUUUUUUAAAUAUCAUUUACUCAAGCUGUCAUUUGGGUUGCUGAAAUACAUAUUGUUUUCUUAUUUUACUGUAUAAGACUAUUUGCUAAAAACUAGGGCUGUCAAAAGUAAUGCAUUAAUGCAAAUAAUCCAUCAUUAUUAUUAAUCUGAUUUCAAAAUGUAAGUGACAGGCUGCAAAAGCCGACACGUCAGUAUGAACAAACAGCACGUUUGUUCUCUUGAUGUGAAAUUGGACUAUACAAAAAAACAUGACGGAACAGUGGACCAACUUUAUGCACACCCUGCAGGAAGAAGUUUACUUUUCACCACAACACGUCCAUCUUGAAAUAGCACAUUAAUGCCACAAUACGAAGGUCCUGAGUAGUCCUGAGUUCAAUCCCGGGCUUGGGAUCUUUCUGUGCGGAGUUUGCAUGUUCUCCCUGUGACUGCGUGGGUCAGUGGCGUGCGGUGAGGUUAAUGUCUGGUGAGGCACUGCAUCAUCACAGUCAGAUUUACAAACAUAUGAACCCUAAAUAGUAUCUUAUUCACCAUGUGAUUGGCAGCAGUUAACGGGUUAUGUUUAAAAGCUCAUAACAGCAUUCUUUACACAACUGUAGCACACAAAAAAGCACAUUUAAUAAAAAAAACAUUAUUAUGGUCUUACCUUUCUUGCUGGACAUCCACACAGGCAGCCUUUGCGUGUGUACCACGCCGUUUGAAAAGAACGGGUCUUCUGUCCCGAAGUCAAAAGCAAACCUUUUAGCUCCGGCGUUGGUCUACCUUUAAUUAUUACCUCCUGCUUCGAUUGAAAGUCCAGUUUAGAAAACUGUUUUAUUUUACAUAUGUAAUCCUCCAUGUUUUUAAUAAAAGUCCAGGCGAGAGGAAAUAAACAAUCGCUGCACUAAUUGACUUGCAAACUUUUUUCUUUUUUUUCUUUUUUUUCUUCUGCGGCCGAGGAAUGAUCUCUGGGAUCACUACCGCCCUCUGCCACCAGGAGGCCGGAUUACUGCGAGCCUCAACCAGUACGUCUUUUGCAGCAGAUUUAUGAAUGCUCAGCACAAGAAAUACGUUACACACAUACAGUUUUUGACAAAAUACACUGUACAUUAUAUACCUCAGCUAACUAAACUAUGCCAUAGUUUAGUUAGCUGAUAUAAUUCAUAUAGCAAUACAGUCUCACUGCACAGCAGCUCAGCAGUUAGCCGAGUCAUUGUGCACAAUCCAUGUUUAGGCACAAAUCAGUGACGUGCCUCAACUGGCUGCUGAUCACCGCACCGUCUCUUCUCAGUAUUUGAACAGCAAAUGUGAAAAUAAAAAUUAUCUAAAACUGGUGAAGUUAAAUGGAAAAUAACUUAUAAUCACUGGAUACAUAUAACAAUUUAAUUUUUUCUUUUUCUUUUUACAUUUUUUUUCUUUCCAUGAUGGCAGGUGAGGACCCGCCUCCCCUGCCUCUAGUGACUGCACGCCACUGGCGGGGGUUCCCUCCGGGUACUCCGGCUUCCUCCCACCUCCAAAGACAUGCACCUGGGGACAGGUUGAUUGGCAACACUAAAUUGGCCCUAGUGUGUGAAUGUGAGUGUGAAUGUUGUCUGUCAAUCUGUGUUGGCCCUGCGAUGAGGUGGCGACUUGUCCAGGGUGUACCCCGCCUCCCGCCCGAUUGUAGCUGGUCACACCUGGUGUCAAUCAGCCAGCUUCUAUUUAAACCUGCCUUCCCCUCCAGUCAGUGCUGGAUUAUUGUCAUUCCUACUUGUCGAUGUCAGUGUAGCUGUAAGCGGUAGCGGUAAGCUAUAUAUUGUAGAUGAUUGUAGCUUGCUGUCUUUUUGUUCCUCGUCUUCCAGUUCCUGUUUUCCUGGCAUCCUGUUUCCUGUUCCUAGUUUCUGGUUUGUGUUUUUUCUUUAUAUUUUUGGACAUUAAAUGAUGUUUUCCCGCACAAUGCCUGCCGCCUUCUCUGCAUCUUGGGGUUCGUCACCAACACAAUGUGACAAACAGGUCCAUAUUAAUGUGGCUAAGGCCUUGGUCACACUGCAGCUUCAUUCCGACUUUUUUACCCAUAUCGGAUUUUUUCAUGUCAAUGUGAACAGCAUACUUGCCAACCCUCCCAAAUUUUCCGCGAGACUCCCGAAUUUCAGUGCCUCUCCCGGGACAACCAUUCUCCCGAAUUUCUUCCGAUUUCCAGCCGGACCUGAGUGAGGACAGCCUGUCGUCACGUCCACUUUUCCUCCAUAUAAACAGCGUGCCGGCCCAGUCACGUUAUAACAUCUACGGCUUUUGGAGCUCAGUGCACAACUGCACACACAACAAGAAGGAGACUAUUACUGUAUUUUCCGCACUAUAAGGCGCACCUAAAAACCUCCAAUUUUGUCAAAAGCUGACAGUGCGCCUUAUAAUCUGCGCC